GGUUCGAACCCUGGGGUUGGCCAACCUUGGGGGGUCAUCCCAGGUCGUCCUCUGUGUGGAGUUUGCAUGUUCUCCCCGUGUCUGUGUGGGUUUCUUUCGGGGGCUCCGGUUUCCCCCAUCAUCAAAAAGACAUGCAUGUUAGGGUUUACACUCCUGUCUGUGCCCCUGACCAAGGUAAUGGCAAGAAGAACUGGGGUUGGUCCCCGGGCGCUGCAGCUGCCCACUGCUCCUAGCUACACAGCGAGGAUGGGUUAAAUGCAGAGGGUGUUUUCCCUACGGGAUCAAUAAAGUAUCUCCAAAUUAAAAAUAAUAAAAAAAUCGAUUAUAGGUGCUUCUCAUUAACGUUUGUUAUCUACAAUCGUUUGUGGGUAGUGUCCUGGUUAUUAUAGCAAAACGUUUCUGAGAACAUGGCCCAAAUCAAUAGAAUGGACUGUGCAAAAAGGCACGGGUGCCAGAGAACCAACGCGAUACAAAGAUGUCCACUGAUCCACUGCCACCAUGAACCUUAAGCUGCUCUUUUUCUGCCUCGUCUUGCUGGUGCUGGCGAUUCCUGCAGAACUGAAAAGAGAGAAAAGGCACAUAAGACAUGGUUGGCAUGGACACGUACAAAGACAUGGACAUGCAAAACAUAUCAAAAAGUAUGGACGGUAUAUGGACUUUAUUCAAGACUAUUUUUUUCAGCUUGUAGACGUAGACGAUGAUGAUGAUGACGACGAUGACAAUAACCCAGACUGGAUUUUAAAGAUUCAAGGGCCAGCAGGGCAGUGCAACCCAAACCCUUGCCUCAACAAUGGGGUUUGUGAAGAACGUGGCUGGAGAAUAUUUAGAUGUGACUGUCCAGAACCCUUCAAGGGCAGGAAGUGUGAGAGAGUUCCCAAGAUUUGUAAGAGGGGUCUAUGCGGGCGUGGUGAGUGUGUGCUGACUUCUACUCCUCCUUUCUACGAAUGCAAAUGCAAGAAGCCCUUCGUACCUCCACACUGCGAUUCGGUUAUGGUGUGUAACCCUAAUCCAUGUGCAAAUGGGGGGAUAUGCAUCAGGGAUGGCAUGGAUUUUGAUUGCGAGUGCCCCCCAGGAUUUACAGGCCGUUUCUGCCAUGUUGGCCCAAAUGACUGUUAUAUCGGCGAUGGAGAGUCAUAUCGUGGCAAUGUGAGUGAGACAGAUGACGGGGAUGAGUGUCUGUACUGGAACUCUCACUUCAUCCUGGAGGAAGGAAUUGAUCCAUUCAGUUCCUAUAAGAACAACGAUGGACUGGGCCCUCACAAUUUCUGCAGAAAUCCAGAUGGGGACUCGAUGCCCUGGUGUUUCAUCAGAAGAGGCCGUAAGCUGCUGUGGGACUACUGUGAUGUGACAGAGUGCCGUGGGCCCACAGCUGUUCCACCACCUAAGGCACCAACUGAGGCACCAACCAAGGCACCAAUUGUACCUCCUAGACCUCAGCCCACACAAGCUUCCUCGCGUCUUUCAACUGAGAAACCCACUGAGGCUUUGGCACCUUUGCCUAAGCCAACCGAAGUCACAGAUCAGACCACCACUGAGCCCCAGCAGUUCUCCACCUGUGGGAAAUCCCAGCCUAAGAAGUCUUUCAAACGAAUCUUUGGGGGUCUGAAAGUUUCACCCGGGACUCACCCCUGGCAGGUGUCCGUCCAGACGAGAAAAAAAGGCAGCAACCACGGUUAUAGCCACAUCUGCGGAGGGGUGCUCAUUGACAGCUGCUGGGUGCUGACAGCUGGUCACUGCAUCGAUAACAAUUAUGACAUGGAAGUGGUCACUGGCAGCGUGUCACUGGAUUCAGACGAGCCCACAGAGCAAACCUUGCAAGUGGAGGAUGCCAUUAUCCAUGAAAACUACAGAGAAGCUCCUGAUGCUGUUUACAAUGACAUAGGUUUGUUGAAGCUGAAAGGUAGAGAUGGAACCUGUGCCAAUGAGACACAGUUUGUGAAAGCAGCCUGUUUGCCAGAUAUCACACUGCCUGAUGGGAUGGAGUGCACCAUUUCUGGAUGGGGCGCCACAGAGCAAUCUGCUUUCGGUUCCAACCACCUGCUGGAUGCAAAGGUGAUGCUGAUCAACCAUGAGAAAUGCUCUGAAAAGAAGAUUUAUGGAAGUGUUCUGGAUAACUCUAUGUUAUGUGCCGGCCACCUGCAGGGAGGUGUGGACUCCUGUCAGGGUGACUCUGGAGGACCAUUAACAUGUGACCAGCACGGUAGCCAUGUCAUUUAUGGUCUGGUGAGCUGGGGAGACCAGUGCGGGAGGAAACUAAAACCAGGUGUCUACACACGAGUCACCAAUUUCCUGGAUUGGAUAAAGGCAAAGAAACGUGCAAUAUCAACAUAAGCAGCCUUCAUUAUCUGAUCUCAGGCCAGCCAGUAUGAAAUGCUUCAGCUAUGCUUGGAACAGGAGUUUUGCAUCAGGAUCCGUGCUGCGUAUGUGCACCCUACCUCACUAACUGAGACAGAUACAGAAACAUUUGUUGAAACAUGACAAAUACACGUUUUGUAUUAAGCAGCGGGCGAACAUAUGGUGGAAGUUAAGCUUGGAGUUUUCAAACAACUAGCUUGCCAGUGGUCAUCAACGAUUUGUGUUAUGAUUUUUAUUCUUUAUAAAGAAAGCUUCUUUAAAGUUGUAAGGUUCUCAUUCUUAGGUCAGCAAUAAAUUACGUUAUCA